AUGGGUAGUUCGCAGUCGGUGGAGAUUCCCGGUGGCGGCACCGAGGGGUACCAUGUCCUCAAGAAUCAAAACAACGACACACUGAAGGAGAUACUAAAGGCGUCGAUUGACAAGCCGCUCAAGAUGAUAGUGUACAACUCUAAGAAGUCCACCAUCAGAGAGGUGGAGCUGACGCCGAACAACAAAUGGGGCGGCCAGGGACUGCUCGGCGUCAGCAUUCGCUUUGCUUCAUUUGAAGGUGCAAGCGAAAACGUCUGGCACGUCCUGGACAUUGCGCCCAACUCGCCGGCUGACGUGGCCGGUCUUCACGCCAACACCGACUACAUCAUCGGCGCCGAUUCGAUGAUUCAGGAUAACGACGACCUGUACAAUCUAAUCUCCAGCUACGAAGGCAAGCCCUUGAAGCUCUUUGUGUACAACGUACUGGCGGACAACUGCCGCGAGGUGACCAUCAUACCGAACUCGAACUGGGGCGGCCAGGGCAGCCUGGGCUGCGACAUUGGCUACGGCUACCUGCAUCGAAUCCCGGUGCCGAAGAGCGCCACCGAGGCCACAGAAACAACCCGUCUGAUGACCUCGACGGACCUGCAGUCUGGACCACCUCCACCACCACCUUCGAACAACAGUGCUCCAACUAAUGGCCUGGCCGAGGGACAGUCGGAAACGCCUGCCACCGAUGCUUCGG